AAGAGGGCGGUUGCAGCAUACACCGAACCAGGAGAUGGCGCUGAAAUGAAGUAAAAGGAAAUUGGCAGAGCGUUAAAAACACAUGCGAGUUUUUACGGUUGUAACGUCAUUAAUUGCUAUUCCAUCUUGGCAAAAUGAGUGUGGACACUUUUGGACCCAAUUCGCAAACGCUCACUUUCCUUGACACUGAGGAAAAUGAUCUUCUUGGGGCAGACACUCAGGGAACCGAUUUCGACUUUCGCGAUUUUACCUUGCCGAGUCAGACCCAGGCUUCACAAAUUGAUCAUGCUAGCCUUCACAAAUCAAUGGGAAAGCACCAGGCUAAUGGGUUGGAGUCGAUUGAUUCCCAGCUUGCUUCCGCGAUGAAAAAUUUGAAUGAUCUACAAUUUGAAGAAGAGGAUGAAGAAGGCUAUUACAGCAAAGAUUUGCCACCACAUGCUUGCAAGUAUUGUGGUAUUCACGAUCCUGGUUGUGUUGUGAUGUGCAACAUUUGUAAGAAAUGGUUCUGCAACGGCAAAGGAAAUACUUCUGGUUCCCAUAUUGUUAACCAUCUGGUCCGAGCAAAACAUAAGGAGGUUACUCUACACCGAGAUGGACCUUUGGGUGAAACAGUUCUGGAAUGUUAUUCCUGUGGAGUCAGAAAUGUUUUCGUCUUGGGCUUUAUACCAGCUAAGGCUGAUUCAGUUGUUGUGCUGCUCUGUCGCCAACCUUGUGCUGCUCAGUCAUCACUAAAAGAUAUGAACUGGGACAUUGAACAAUGGAAACCUCUUAUAGCCGACCGUUGUUUCCUCAGUUGGCUUGUCCGAAGCCCUUCAGAGGCUGAACAGAUGAGAGCUCGUCAAUUGACGGCCCAGCAGUUGAACCGUUUAGAAGAAAUGUGGAAAGAGAAACCUGAAGCUAGCUUUGAAGACCUUGAACGUCCUGGUGUUGACGAAGAACCGCAACAUGUGUUGCUUCGAUACGAGGAUGGCUACCAAUAUCAGAAUAUAUUUGGCCCGCUAGUGAAACUUGAAGCUGACUACGAUCGACGAGUCAAAGAAGCCCAAACCCAAGAUAACGUUCACGUUCGUUGGGAUGUUGGUCUCAAUAAAAAGACGGUUGCUUACUUUAGUCUUCAAAAGACAGACAGUGAUAUGAAACUGAUGCAUGGUGACGAGCUCAGAUUGCGUUACCUUGGAGAAUUACACAAACCAUGGACUGGUUUAGGCCACGUGAUAAAACUCCCUGACAACUAUGGCGAAGAAGUCGGAAUUGAAUUAAAGAAUUCAAACGGAGCUCCGACAGAAUGUUCUACUAAUUUUGUUGUAGAUUUUGUCUGGAAGUCCACGUCGUUUGAUAGGAUGCAAUCAGCUUUGAGGAAAUUUGCAGUUGAUGAAAGCAGUGUAUCAGCUUACAUUUAUCAUCGUUUGCUCGGCCACGAGGUUGAAGAUGUCGUCUUCCGCCUUCAUCUUCCCAAACAUUUUUCGGCUCCUGACCUGCCUGAGCUUAAUCGAUCUCAGGUUUUUGCCGUGAAACAAGCAGUUCAACGCCCAUUAACAUUAAUUCAAGGACCUCCUGGCACUGGAAAGACGGUUACAUCGGCCACCAUCGUGUACCAUUUGGCCAAAUUAGGUUCGGGACCAGUAUUAGUUUGCGCGCCGUCAAAUAUCGCUGUAGAUCAACUGACCGAAAAAAUUCAUAGAACUGGUUUAAAAGUGGUCCGUUUGUGCGCCAAAUCGAGAGAGGCUAUUGAUUCACCCGUAUCGUUCUUGGCCUUACAUAAUCAAGUGCGGUGCCUCGAAGGGGCUUCCGAAUUACGGAAGUUGGUUCAGCUAAAAGAAGAAGUCGGUGAACUGUCACAAGGAGAUGAAAAGCGAUACCGUAUGCUGAAGCGGCAAGCAGAACGAGAGCUACUUGAGGCAGCGGAUGUUUUGGCUUGCACCUGCGUUGGUGCUGGUGAUGUUCGCCUGGCCCGAAUAAAAUUUGCUUCUAUCUUGAUUGACGAAUCUAUGCAAGCCACCGAACCUGAAUGCAUGGUUCCUGUUGUUCUGGGGGCUAGACAGCUCAUUCUUGUUGGGGAUCAUUGUCAGUUGGGACCAGUUGUGAUGUGUAAACCAGCUGCUAAAGCUGGUCUCUCGCAAUCACUUUUCGAACGAUUAGUAGUGCUUGGCAUCCGACCCUUUCGGUUGGAAGUGCAGUACCGUAUGCAUCCACGGCUAUCUGAGUUUCCAUCGAAUUUCUUUUAUGAGGGCUCACUGCAGAACGGUGUUUGCGCUGAGGAUCGAAUUCUUCGCGGUGUAGAUUUCCCCUGGCCAAUGCCAGACAGACCCAUGUUCUUCUACGUCACGUUGGGCCAGGAAGAAAUUGCUGGCUCCGGCACGUCGUAUUUGAAUAGAACAGAAGCAUCAAAUGUGGAGAAAAUAGCCACACGCUUUCUCCGUUCCGGAGUCAAGCCAGAACAAAUUGGCAUCAUCACACCCUAUGAAGGUCAAAGAGCUUAUCUUGUUCAAUAUAUGCAACACCAAGGAUCACUCCAUGCGAAAUUAUAUCAAGAUAUCGAAAUUGCUAGCGUAGAUGCCUUUCAGGGUCGAGAAAAGGACAUUAUUAUCAUGUCGUGUGUUCGCUCCAACGAAAAUCAAGGGAUCGGUUUUCUCAAUGAUCCUCGUCGUUUGAACGUUGCUAUGACUCGUGCACGUUAUGGAAUCAUUAUUGUUGGCAAUCCAAAAGUUUUGGCCAAGCAACCUGUAUGGAAUCACCUGCUUCAUUUUUACAAGGAAAAUCAUGUGCUCACAGAGGGAGCUCUCAACAACCUGAAAGAAUCGAUGAUGCAGUUUCCCAAGCCAAAGAAACCUAUUAACAGUUUUAACCCUGGUCAACACUUUAUGUCUACGGCCGUUUACGACGCACGUCAGGCUAUGGUACCUGGUUCCGUCUACGAUCGAUCGGGUGGAGGUCAACCACCGAACAACAACGGUAUAAGCACCUAUAUACCUCGAGCGACAGCCAAUGUUGGAGAUCCUUACAGCCGUCUACAUGAUCCAAUUGGCUACAUUGCUCCCGAGAGGGCACAGGCCGCCCUCUCUGCAAUGCCCGUUCCGCUAGGCGUCUUUAUGAAUAUGACACACGUCCCUCCUAGAUUCCAUGGUCAGCAACCACAAGGAUUGCAUAGUAAUUCGAAGCCUAAUCAAAGGCCAAAAGAAAGUGCCCGUGCAAGUGGACCUCGCGCUGGAAAAGUUUCAAGCAAAGGGGGUUCUUCGUUGUUCACACAAUCGCUUUCGCAGAAUACCCAGGAUGUUUCUACUCAGCCUUUUAGCCAGGGAGGCAUGGCGUUGACCCAAGGAAUGUCCCAGGGUAUGUCGCAGACAGUUUCGGGUUUCGGCGCCCUAUCGCAGUCGGGUCUAUCUCAGUUAGAUCCUUCACAAGACCCAUACCUGUCGUCAGAUUAUCAGUCACAAAUGGAUGGGUUGCUCUCCCAAGAUUCGACGUACCAAGGAGGGCGUUCGGCGUUCUUCCGCCAUGGCUCCCAAUUCACGCAGCCAUACUGAAAACUGUAAGGCGUUGCAGUAAAAAGAAGACCUAGAAAAUUGACGAUGACGACGCCUGGCGGCAGCCGACCGUAUUUGAAAUUCAUCUUGCAGUUAAAGAUAAGAGGAAAGGGGAAAUCCAACGUUCAUCAACUGACAGCUCGAGAGACCAAUGCCCAUCUAUCAAAUGGCCUUUAACCUCACACCACAAGCAGCACUAGCAAUAUGCCGUUGAAGCAAGAGAGCGGUGUCGAGACGAACGAGCCGAUAAUGGAGCUGAUGGGCUUCACAAAUUAAUGUCGAAAAAUACGGGAAACAGCUGCUACGCCCAUACCACCUAACACAGUAGUGGACCCUACCUAAGUCUGUUUCUAGUGGGUUGGAAGCCAACCCUUCGACAAAGUGAUGUUUUUUCUCCGACAAAACGUCACCCAAAAUUAGAAUGCUUCUUUUGUAGGACCCCUCAGUUGAUAACGCGUUUAAAGCUUAGUGAACUGAUUUUUUUGAUGGUUUAUUUCUCUUGUUUGUUUUCUCUCCAGUCGACCGAUGCUUUCUCUGUUUCUUUUCAGACUCUUCGGCUUUCUUUACCUAUACUUUUACAUGCAAAUUUAGUUGUCUAUUCAUUUCGCGAGGUCUAAGUGUGGGUUACUGGAUGUCUACUAUUUGCUAUUGCUGAGCUCUUAGCGCUCUUUUUGUAGGAAACAAAUUCACAACAGAAUACACUUUGUUUCAUGGGAA